AUGACCGCCUGAGUGGUGGUCUCUUUUAUUCUUAUUGAUUUUUACUUUUAUUUUCAAAUUUUUUGCUUCUGUCCGGUAUAUCGAGCAAAAUGAUUUUCAAAUUAUGCUAUUUUUAAAAAAAAGAAUUCCAAAACUGCUGUUUCCCCUGUGCAGGACUGAAAUACCAUGAAGUCUGGCAUUGCUGAAACAUCAAAUCUCAAUAUAAACGAUAAAUGGAAAAGAGUUGAUAUAUGUGGGCUGAUGAUGAAAAGUAUGAUUGAUAUUGGGAACAAAUAAUAAUUUACUGUGACAUGAUUCCUUUAAAUAUCACGAAGUGUGGCACUGCAGAUCAAUAAAAACAAUGGACAACUGCAAAUGAAAAAGAUGAUGUGAUAUUGGGUUCAAUAAAAUUGAAGAGUCAGUUCCGAGUUUGGAAAAGAAUAAUGUGAUUUUGGAUUAAACUCAACAUGGGGGAAAUUUGCCAUAUCAAAGACAUUUUUUAAAUACUGUAUUUUUUAAGUUUAAUUUUUUACAGUUUCAACUGAAUAAAUAUAUUAGUUAA